AUGAACGCCUCCCAGACCCACAGGGUUUGUGGUGCCGUUCGUGUGCUCUCUCCCCUCUUUGAUGGUCAGCUCUGCCCUGCCCUGCCCAGUUCAGGCCAGGCCAGGCCAUACCAGGUGGGUGGGAGGAAGGAGAACAGGUCGGCCUGCUUCCUCUUUGAGAACCGGAGCCAAAGGGAGUCUGGUGAGCUCGUUCCUCGGUCGGUGAUUGGCCAAAUCGUUCGGACAGCAGACACCCUGUUGCUGGGCCGUGCUGCCAAUCGCGAGUGUCGCCAAGACGGUCGUGUCCGUCUGAGCACUCGGGACUGGUUGGACGAGGGCACUUGGCGCGUCGAGAAGCGAAGCAUCUUUCCGGGUCUCGUUUGA